AUGUUCGGUAAGUUCCUGAUCAGUGUUCGUAACUUGCAGAUGCAUUCGACGAUGCUAUGCGUUGUCAAAGACUUCUCGAAGAAUUGUCGGAACUACCAUCUUCCGACGCUACAGCUGCGAUGGAUUUCUGUGCUAAAAGGAAAAGAUAUGUCCACCGCAACAUCUCCGAAACGGAGUCAACCGGAGAUAACUGCUAAUGUCAGCUGUCUUUGGGGUCCAGUAGUCACCACAUCCCAAGUCACCACUCACUCUAUUAUACCAGCAACAUCAACCCCCAUUCGAGACACUGGGAGGCACUUAGUACAGAAAACGGAAACAAUAACAAAGGUGAAAAACACAACAGAUAGAGUUUCGGAACACGUUACUUAUGGAAAAACUUUGGUUGCUAUGGUUAAUGAUCUAACCAAUCGGGUUGUGGAACUGCAAAAAACAAUGGAGGACGUCAAGUCCAAACUGUGCACGUUGGAACACGUUUCCGGUGCAUCCGUACAGGUCAUGCAUUGCUCUAUUCCUGUGCGAAACGCAUGGGAGUUCAAAAGGUUGAAUGAAAAAUUAGAAGAAGAAACUUUCUACGAACAAAUGCUGAAUUUCCUUAUUGCAACGGGAACGCGCACAGUUGGGGAGUGUGUACGUCAGAUAAUGCGUACACUGAUCGCCGAUUGUUUUUUGCAUAAAUUAAACUGGCGCGGUGUCCACGGUCGUCAGUCAUUUGCCAAUACAAAAGUCUGUAGAAUUACUGUCGACGCAGUAACUAGACACAAUUUUCCCGGAGUUACAACAAUUUUUAUACACGAAAAGAUCCAACGUUGGAUUCAAAGGUGCAGACCGACUGAGGUUUCUAGCACCGAAUCGCCAUUUCAGGACGUGGCUGUCCAAACCGACAGUGUUGAGGUACUGGAAAGUUCACGAAAAUGGACCAUGGAUGGAUGUUGA